AUUUAGGAAAUAAAAAGGGGUAGAGAAGACGAAGGGAGCUUGGUGAAGAAGGCGGAUUGCUCGUUAGAAUAAAGACGAUGGUGGUUUAGUGCCUAAAACCGGCCUCGUUUCCUCCUCGUCCAGUCCUCAUCCGCUCUCUUCGCCGGCGGUAUCACACCGAUCGGGCCGAUUCCGACGGAGAAGAUGCGAGCUUGUGAGAAAACGCCGUAUCUUUCCGGCUGAAAUUUUUGUUCUGUGGCUAAAUUUCCGUCCAGUGAAUCAUGUCCGGAAAGGGGAAAUAGGGAUCUGAAGCUGUUCUCGACUGGAAUUAGGUUUUAUCAGUUGGUCUGAGAUUUGCAGAUAUGUUGGAAGACCUCCCUUGUUUGAUCUCUAGGGUUUUUGAGAGCAGCUCUGACCAGGAAUCCAAUUGGCAUUACUUGGCUUAUCCAUUCCAUGAUUCCUCAAACAGCAAGAAACGGCAAAAAUUGGAUGAAGAAAUGGCGACGGAAGAGGAGGAUCAAAGCAAAAGGAAGAAAUUGUCGCACCGACUUGAGGCAUACGACGACGACGAUCCGAGCGCCUUCAACAGGCUCACGCGGGACUUGAUCCUGAGCUGUUUGCUGCUCCUGUCGCGGUCGGACUACGGCGCGGUUGCAUCCGUCAGCCGUGCCUUCCGCUCCAUGAUUCGGGAUGCCUACGAGCACCGGCGCCGGCAGGGGAUCGCCGAGCACUGGGUCUACUUCUCAUGCACUGCCCUCCAGUGGCAUGCGUUUGAUCCCUACCGCCGGCGCUGGAUAACGGUCCCUCCGAUGCCGGCUAGCCCUACUGAAACCUUUGCCUUCUCCGACAAGGAGUCACUCGCCGUCGGCACUGAUCUCCUCGUCUUCGGCCGCGAGAUGACUUCUUAUGUUGUUAUGAGAUACAGCAUCUUGAGCAACUCCUGGUGUCCGGGAGUUGUGAUGAACUCACCGAGAUGUCUGUUUGGAUCGGCUAGCCGUGGGGGGAAGGCCAUUGUAGCCGGUGGCACCAAUGGCCGUGAGAUUCUGAAUUCCGCAGAGCUCUAUGAUUCGGAGACGCAGACUUGGGAGUCCUUGCCGGCCAUGAAUCGAGCGAGGAAGUUGUGUUCAGGGGUGUUCAUGGAUGAGAAAUUCUAUGUCAUUGGUGGAAUGGCCAACGAAAGGGAGGUGUUGACGUGCGGCGAAGAGUACGAUAUGAAACGAAGCUCUUGGCGGCUGAUUCCAAACAUGUCCGACGGUCUAAUCGGCGAGAACGGUGCACCGCCUCUCGUGGCCGUGGUGAGCAAUCAGCUCUACGCAGCUCGAUACGCAGACAAGAUGGUGGUGAAGUACAACAAGAGGAAUAACGCAUGGGAAACACUGGGGAAGCUGCCUGAGAGGUCUUACUCCAUGAAUGGCUGGGGCAUCGCCUUCCGAGGAUGCGGCCAGCGGUUGCUCGUCAUCGGAGGGCACCGAGGGCUUCGCGGAGGGAUGAUCGAGCUGAAUUCUUGGGUCCCAAACGGAGGGCCUCCCGAGUGGAACACCAUUGCCGUCAUGCAGUCCGGUGACUUUGUUUUCAAUUGUGCUGUCAUGGGCUGUUGAUUUCUAUUAAUCAUGGAAGGAUGAUGAAUGCACACUGAAACUUCUCUUUCUCGAGCAUCAAUGUGAUCAUUUUCUGAAAGAAAAAAAAUAAAAUAAAAAUCAUUGCAUCACUUUAACAUUA